UUCCGAUGAUCGAUAUAUCGAGCGAUUAUGGUGACAUAACCACACACUUUCACCCUGUCCAGGAAAAUUCCCACAAGAUGAUCUUCCAGAGGCUUUUGGUGAGAAGUACCCAGCAAAACAUCCUGUCAAUCUGUGGAAUACACACAGGAAGUUGCUACUUCGCCGGUCACUCCAAAUGGGCCAAUAUUCGGCAUACAAAAGCGGCAAAAGAUGGACAGAAAUCUCUGCUGUUCGCGAGAUUCGCCCGACAAAUCCGUCUCGCUAUCCAAGAGGGUAAAUCUGCCAAUCCGGCGGUGAAUUCCCUCCUGAAGCACACAAUUGAUGCGGCAGUGAAGAAGCAAGUUCCAAUGGCAACAAUCCAGACGAGCAUCAAGAAAGCCUCCAGUCAGGGGGCGACGUACAAGAGGUACGUUCUGGAGGUGAAGGCGGUGGCCAGCAAGGUGUACGUGAUGCUUGUCCUCUACACGGACAAUGUGGCUUUGGCGAAGGCGAAUCUGCAGACGGUGAUGAAAAAGACUGGCUCUUCCUAUGCGGAAUUGAAGCAUCUCUUCACGGAAACGGGCAUUAUUGUGGCUGUUGCACAGGACACUCCUGCCGAGAGGCUCCUGGAGGAUGCCACAGAUCACGCCAUCCUCGUGGGGGCGGAAGAAGUGGAUGUUCUGGAUGAGAAGGAGAGAUUAGUGCACUUCACUUGCUCACCGGCGGAGCUCCUGCGCAUCCGGAAGGAGCUGGAGGAGCUGAAGUACGAGGUGGAGAGUGCUGAGCAUGUUUACAUCCCUCACAAUUACGUGCAACUAAAUGAGGCUGAGAAGGUUGCUUAUCAACACUUCCGGACGAGAUUGAACAACACCGUCGAUUGCAUAGAUGAGAUUUUUGAUAACAUUGAAGAAAAUGAAGAUCAAGAGAUUUCUGGUUAGCAAAAUAAAUUCAAAAUUGUCGCGAAUCGAUAAGUAUCGACCAG